AUGCUGCUGCUGCUGCUGGUGGCCGUGGCCUCGGCCGAGAGGCUCUUCGUCGGAGAUCAGGUCAUCAGGAUCAACGUGGAGUCAGAGGAGCAGAUCCAGGCUCUGCAGGCCCUGGAGAGCCAGGAGGAGUGGAAGCUGGACUUCUGGCUCCAUCCGGUCUCUGCGGACCUUCCCGUCGACAUCCGGGUGCCUCGCUCCAGCCUGGACUCUGUGACGGAGUACCUCCAGGCCCACGGCAUCCCCUUCAGCGUCAUGAUUGACAACCUCCAGGAGCUCCUGGACCAGGAGAGAGCCGAGAUGGUGCAGAACCAGAGGAUGGAGCGCAGCACCAGGAGCUUCAACUUUGGCGCCUACCAUCGUCUGGAGACGAUCUACAGCUGGAUGGACUCUCUGGUGGCUCAGUACCCUAAGCUGGUCUCCAAACAGGAAAUCGGGAAAUCCUACGAGAACAGGUCCAUGUACGUGCUGAAGUUCAGCACUGGUGGAAACAAGCGUCCGGCUAUCUGGAUCGACACCGGCAUCCACUCCAGGGAGUGGGUGUCUCCGGCCACCGGCGUGUGGACCGCCAACAAGAUCGCCUCUGAUUACGGCCGUGAUGCCUCCCUGACCUCUCUUCUGGACUCCAUGGACAUUUACAUGAUGCUCCUGACCAACCCUGAUGGAUACGCCUACACCCACUCCAACGAUCGCAUGUGGCGUAAGACCCGCUCCAGGAACCCCGGCUCCAUGUGCCGAGGAGUCGACCCCAACAGGAACUGGAACGCACAGUUCGGUGGCCCCGGAGCCAGCAGGAACCCCUGCUCCGACUCCUACCACGGCCCGUCAGCUCACUCUGAGAUCGAGGUGAAGAACGUGGUGGACUUCAUCCUGAGCCACGGAAACUUCAAGUCCUUCAUCUCCGUGCACGCCUACUCCCAGCUGCUCAUGUACCCCUACGGCUACUCCUGCAGCGCCGUGCCCGAUGCGCGAGAGCUGGACACUGUCGGUAGAGCGGCCGUGCAGAAACUCACAUCCCUCUAUGGUACCAGGUACAAGGUUGGAAGCAUCUGCAAAAUCAUCUACCAAGCCAGCGGUGGCAGCAUCGACUGGUCCUACAAUCAGGGCAUCAAGUACUCCUUUGCUUUCGAGCUGAGAGACACCGGCCGCUAUGGGUUCAUCCUCCCAGCCAAUCAGAUCAUCCCCACUGCCACAGAGACCUGGCUGGCCCUCAAGCACAUCAUGGAGUACGUCCAUAAAAACUCUUAUUGAGGCUGUAUUCCUGUGGAGGAGGCACUUCAACACAGUCUUACAUCUUCAUUCAUCAUUCUGUGACCAAUAAAGUUAUGUAAACC